GAACAUGUUUCGGCUAAACGCGUCUUUGCUGUUUCAAGACAGCUGUCCGGAGGAAUCCCGUUUUUUACUUGACAAGCAUUUUGCAUCCCUUGACGAAAAGAAGCCACAAUCCCCCGUAGCGCUGGACAAAAUGUCAGUGUGCAAGUACUGCUUUCAGUGGCUGCGGCCCAACAACCAUCGGGUGCGCCUGCGAGCCAAAAGGCGUCCGUCCGCCAGGGUGCAGAGGAUCCUGCGGCGGAGAGCCGAGGGUAAAGCGCUCGGCCUGGUGCAGAAACGCUUGCUGCAACGCUUCUGGAAGUCUUCCUCAGUACUGGUGAGACAGACUACAGAUGCCGGCAGGGGUUUAAACACUGGUGCUAAUGUUAUUGUACAGUUUCGGCUCGUUACUUCCUGUAUUGAACCGACUUGAUUCGACCUCAUCGCCAGUCAAUCGGUCAUCAUGUGGUUUUGGUAUCUCGUCUUCUAGUCGGCCAUUUUGCACAAGGCUUUGGGAGACUAGAAUGCCUCGUGGAGCAACGAUAUAUCCGGCCAACAAGGCGACAGAGUCUUCAUAUGUGCAUGUGUGUCCCAGAGUACCGAAACAAGCUAGCGGUAAUUCGAUUGGUACUCGUCUGAAAAGAUUCUUCCCCGGCGCUACCUCAGGAGGGCCAACAGCACAAAAGUGAAAUGCCACAGCGGACGUGGCGCUGAAGUCAUCUCAUUACCCCAGUGUGGGAUUCCGUGUUGGCAUUCGGGAUAACAUUCCGCUUUUCAGUGUUCUAUGUGAAAGGCAGAGGUUGAUAAAUGUGUGGUCGACAACAUAUGUGACCAAUGUUGCCGCAACUCUGAGGGGGAGCCUUGUUCCUGUUCAUCACGAGUUGAAAUUGACGAUUGCUAUUGCUUCGUUGCUGAACAGGUUGUUUGCGUUUCAGUUUUCAGCCUGCACGUUUUUCACCAAAACAACAACAAUUGUGACCGUUUACAUCCUCAUUGUCUCUUGAAGCCGUGACCUCACAACUCUGUCGUUAGUCAACGCAGAUGGGGAGUGUUUUCAUCACGCGACUUCCUCGUAAACUGAUACCCUCCUCCCCCGGCAAUAUUUUUAGCCUCUUUCGACCGCUAGUCAUG